AUGUCUGUUCCACUAGACUUUGGUGAAGAAAGAUUCGAUCCAGAAUUGAUGGAAGCAGAUGAGAUUAUGGAACGCCAUGAGCAACUAUCGAUGGAAGUCAACAACAGCGUUCAAAUACUCGCCGAUGAUGGUCAGAUCACCAAGAAAAAAAUCAGAGACUUUAAGAAGAUGAGAAAACUCCGAAAGGUUCAAGCUUUCGGCGAUGAUGCGGAAAAGGAAAUUCAGACCAGCCUCCCGAAGCAUAAAGUCCUUAGAAUCAAUACGAAUUUACCCAUUGGUCUAUUCUAUCAAGCACUAGAAGUCAUUCUCCUUUACAAGGGUGAUUUAGACGAAGUUAGAGAAAAGGGCGAAGAAUUUCGAAAAUUACUCCUGGCCAAAGAAGAUAACAUUUCCAAGACCAUGUACCAAGCAUUGAAGGAUGAGAACCAGAAGCUCAAAGAAGAUUACGAAAGCCUUAAAGCAAAGAGAGAUUCUGAAAAUGAUGCGACUGAAGCAUUGACAAGAAAGAUGUCAGUUGAUGAGAUAGCCAAGCUUGAGAGACACCUGCAAGAAUAUAUUGCCAAAGAUAAAUCUGCGCAAGAUACCAUCAAAACUUUGGAAGAGAAAGCUGGAGAAGCUAACAAGUCAUACAUUGAGAUUUCCCAAUCUAUGGAGAAACUGGAGAAAGAAGUUGCCGAUAGAAGUUCUGCGAAAGACACUGUGAAACAGUUGCAAAAUGAGCUUGAAAUGUCUCAACUGCGUCACGAACUCUGCAUGUUGCAAUUAGAGAAAGCAAAAAAGGGUUCUACUGAGCUUCACGAAAGAUUGAACAGGGCAAAACAGAAUAGUGAAGAGAAGAGUGAAAGGCUCUCCGAUAAAAGCCUUGAGAUUUCCGAGCUUCGCAAGACCCAAAAGCUCCUUCGAGCUGAGGCGAAAGCAAAUGAAGAACGGAGAGUUUUGGAGAAAGAAAUGCUCAUGAUUUCUCAAGUAGAGACAUUAGAUGCACUAGACGAUGUCAAAUCGAAGGAAAAAAAGAUUGCAGAAGAUCAACAAGUCAUCAAAACUCUCCUGGAUGACAAAAUUCGUGAUAAAAUGAUCAUAGAGAAAUACCGAACGGCACAUCAGAUCAACCUUGGGAAUUUCAAGCAACACGUUUAUGACAUUGAGAAAGAAUUAAAAGAAGAGCAAGCUACUUGUGCGAAGAAUCUAGAGCAGGAGAGAGCCACUCAUGAGAAGCAACUGAAGCAGGAGCGAGCCACUCAUCAAGAGCAAGUGAAACAACAGCAGGCUGACCAUGAAGAUAUGAUGGAGCGAGAACAAGCCACUCAUAGAGUGCGAUUGGAGCAAAAGCAGGCUAAGCAUGAGAAAAGGACAGAGCAAGAAAAGACCGUCCAUCGACAACAAUUGGACCGGGACCGAGCCACCCAUCAGCAGCAAAUGAAGGAACAGCAGACUAUCCAUGGAAAGACAUUGGAGCAGCAGCAGACCAGUCAUAAAAAGAAGAUGGAGCAAGAAAAAUCCACUCAUCAAAAUCAGUUGAGAGAGGAACGAUUCGUCCAUGAAAAAGAAAUGAAGAAACUAGAACAGGAGCGAAUCGCCAAUCGAGAGAAACUAAAGCAACAACAGACCUCUCAUGAAAGGGCAUUGACGCAAAUCCAGAAUGAAAAACAAGAUUACAUGAAGGAACACAACACAAUUGCCGCACUCAUGACCUGGGAAAUUCUCGUUUUUAAGGCUCUCUAUCGAAAGAGAGUUGAGGAUUGCAGAGUUGGUCGAGGAAAGAUAUACAGAUUGGAGCAUCAACUACAGUUGAUCUCUCAAGAAAAGAAAGAAUCCGAGAUCCGAGGGAGAAGGUAUCUCUGGAAAGCAAUUUUCAAUGCAGCUUCAUCAGAGUCAUGGAAGACUCGGUCUGUCACUAUUCUUAAUGACUUGAGAGUUUCUUCGCAAGAGUAUCGAGACUUGAGAGUCAAUAGCUCAAAUGCCUUAAAGAAAGUCGAGGAUGAAUGGAGACACAAGGAGAACUCUACGGAUCACCUCUGGACAUUAGACUAUAUCGAGUUGCAGGAUUUGAAGAAGUCCGCCUUUGAAUUCAUUGGAAAUUACUUGGCAUCAUCGGUUCAAAGCAAUCCUAGGCAUUACGAUGUGUGGAAAGAGUUGGCAAAGUCUAUUUUAGACCAUACGACUAGCAUAAAUAAUGCUAUUAUUCCGAGAAUGUUGUUAGCAGAAGUCAAUGCUCCUUGGUGGAGAUUUCAGGUCAAAUCAAGUCACCUAUUACCUUCUGCAGCAAGAGAUUAUACGAAUCACUCGGUCCAAACACGAUCUUUGCGUUUGUUUGCUAUUCUUAUUGAGCAAGAAUACAAUAUAUCAGAAUGUUUGGAACUCAUCAUGAGUAUCAUGGAAGAUCUCGCUUCUACUACAGAUCAUUUUGUAGGAUACAUGAUUGCAAAAUGCAUUCAAGAGUAUCUCAAAGAUACGGAUAGGCAUAUAUCAAAUCAAGGACCAAUACUCAACCUUGCUUUUGAUCAACUAUGUCGACAAGUCGGUCGUAGGUUUCCUGAAAUAUGGAGUUGCUACGAAACAAGGGAAUCAUCAGCAUCCAGGCAUACUGUCAAUCUUCGACUUAGAAAUGAGUUCCGUUCACACCUCAAAGAUUCUCAUGAGAUAAUUAUGAAGUUAGAUCAAGUCUUGCAUAGCUCCGAGAACCUCCAAGACAUACUCGAGAGAACAUGUCCCGAAGACUUCAUUUCCAUUGGGAAUUUCUACAUCAAUUCCCAAGAAACAUGGGAUUGGAUCAUUUUGGUUUGUCAGGAGAAACGUACUGUUUAUCUAGUUGAAGAGAAUUGUGUGUGCAAAGACAAGGCAUUAGAAUUUGGAGAUUUAUCUUACUCCAUCAAAAUUAAUGAAUCAGAUACAUUGGUGUUUAGCUGUGUCACUUAUGAACAGAGGACCUGGUGUCAUGAUCGACUCUCUAAAGCAAAGCUGGAUGAAGUGUUGUUGGAAAUUUUGAGAGAAUUAGGAGUUGAUGAUAUCAUGAAUAUUGAUUGA